AGAUGUACUAUCGCGAUGUAGAUGACCUUAGAGAGGCAUAUCAGUGGGACAGAAUUCCUGCUUCCACAAUAUUAACGGAUGAGCAGGCAAUGCUUUUCCCAGCCGUUAUAGGCUGCCAUGACUUGAGAAGCAAAAAGAGAUAUACUGUUAGCGUCAACGAUUUGCAGCCAGUCGAGUGGAACGAAGAUGAAAUGGAUCAUCUUGUAUUGGAGGAUAAGAAAAAAGCUAUGCUCAAAGGGCUAGUGAGCUAUCACUCCAAUCGAAAUUGUCGUAAUGAAAAAGGAGACCUUAUUGCGGGCAAGGGAGAAGGUCUUGUUAUCCUCCUUCAUGGACCACCAGGUGUUGGAAAAACGCUGACUGCAGAGUCAACCGCCAAAGCUGUAGGAAAACCUCUUAUUGCAAUGAGCAUUGGCGAAAUGGUAUGGGAUGAAGCACAACUCCAAGGACGGCUAAAAUCUGAGUUUCAACGAGCCAUAGAGUGGGGCGCAGUUCUCCUCCUGGAUGAAGCUGAUGUGGUACUCGAAGCUCGAUCCUUUGAAGAUGUACGAAGGAAUGGCAUUGUUUCCAGUUAAGUCACGGCACAAGCUUCAUAUAUGGCCACUCUGACCAAUCCAUUGCUUGCUUUGUAGUCUUUCUCCGAGAGUUGGAGUAUUACAAAGG